CAGCGUUCGGAAUUUAUUAGCGCGGCUGCUGGAGAUUACAAGUUAAAGGCUGGAGUUUCGUAAACAGGCUGAUUCGGAGGGCUCUGCAGGAGGUCCACCAAACGCCACGGACGAAUCUCUCGAGUGUAUUUCUAUUUCCAGAAGUAUACCGGCUCAGAAAAGAAGAUACAGUGUGUUCAAAAUAAACUCCCCUUAAAGGUAAUUAACAAAACAAAUUACUUCAGCAGUACGGCACGAUAGACAGCUCCAUGAACAAAGUUACUGGCGCUUGCAUUGCUUGAGCUGGAGAGAGAACUCUGCUUGGAAACGGCUGGAGCUUUAGAGUACCGUAAAAUUCGGAGCAAAACUACUGUAAGGGAAUUCGAGAAAUAGGGUGCCAUCCAACACUUGAAGCCCAUUGUGAGACUGUCUACAGGACAUGUAAUUGAAGACGCUGCCAAGAUUGUUGCAAGUUAUUCCCUUUCGUUCAGUUUCUGCAGCCAUGAAUGCCAUCGAAAGCCUUAGUUUCAUGCAAUACUUCAACGAAUCCAUCUGCUGGGAAACAACAGGCUGCAACUAUUCACAGAACAAUAAUAGUCUUCAAGAUGGCAGCAUGCUAGGUGAUGGUCUACCAUUAAUGAAUGUGACUUUAUCCAUCAUCUACUCAUUGGUCUGUGCUGUGGGACUAGUUGGCAAUGUCCUUGUGCUCAUUCUCCUUUGGACUGGCAAUGCCACAAAAAAAUCCAGCGUCAAUAUCUUUGUUUUUAAUUUGGCCGCAAAUGAUUUGCAGUUUGUGCUCACGCUGCCAUUUUGGGCGAUAGAAAUGGCGUUAGAUUUCCGUUGGCCUUUCGGAGCAGCAAUGUGUAAGCUGGUCACUUCCGUGACUGUGCUCAGUGUAUACGGCAGUGUCUACUUCCUCACUGCUAUAUGCAUCACCCGUUAUGUUUCCAUUGCCAGUGCUUUGAAACCUCAGCGGCAGCUGAUUGGGGUCUUCAAGGCUAGACUGAUAAGUGUCCUUAUCUGGCUUGUAGGUGUUUGUAGCACCAUUCCCACUGCUGUAUUUGCUACCACAGAGAUGGUUCAUGGAGAUGUCGCUUGCUUGCUGAAGUUUCCAGAAAAUGGCCUCUGGCUUGGAGUUUAUCAUUUGCAGAAAAUGGUGAUAGGCUUCCUUAUCCCUUUAGCAAUCAUCAUAUUCUGCUACGUACAGCUGGUUCUGUUCCUUAGCCAGAAAAACUUCAGUGCCAUCAACUCCAAACGCCACAUAAAAGUUUCCAAGUCAGUCAUUAUUCUUGUUCUGUGUUUUUUCACCUGCUGGCUGCCUUACCACGUGAUCACAUUUUGGGGAAUUUUGGUCAAGCUUAACAUGAUCGAAUACGAUGAAGCCCUGCACUUCGUUCAAACUUACAUCUUCCCGGUCGCCAUUUGUUUGGCUCACAGCAACAGCUGCCUCAAUCCUGUGAUCUACUGCCUUAUGAGGAGAGAGUUUCGUAAAGCCCUAAAAUCGAUCUUGUGGCGACUCUCCACCAGUACAGCUCGCCACUCGUGCCUGUCCUCUGCGGGCUAUGGCAGGAACACAGAGAGUGCUGGGGCAAUAGUUCCGCUGAAGCGAGUGGAUGGGCACAGCCUGCCUGCUUCCCAAUCUUACACCAAGAAAUCAACUUUACCUUUUGCCAUCACCACAACCCUGCAGAAAAACCUGGGCCAGACAAGUUACUACUAGCAUCUCGGCUCUGUCCCAAGUGCCAUUCAAGUGAAAUCUCUCAAAGUGCUGACACUGGCCGACCAUCUAGCUGCUGCUUAGUCUACGCUUUCAGCUAUUUGAUUUCCGCAUAUUUUUGCCUCAAGGACUGGGCAUGUGGGUGAAUCAGUCCUCUUACUGGACAUUUUAUUUUUUUUGCCCAGCACACUCUGUUAUGCUUGCCAUCAGUAUGACUUAAACAUGUCCUAAUGGGAUAAUACAAGAAACGUCAUGAGAUUUUGCUGCUCAUAAAGUAAUUGAUUUCAAGAUGGGACAAGAACAAUCAAUUUAUUUGUCUGGAAAUAACAAUAUUUCUGACUUACAACUGGACCAAAAGCACUCAGGACUUUAAGCCCACUUUUCAGUAUGUGUGAUUUAUACCUCUUAUUUAUAAAAAAGAAAAACUUAAAAGGAUACAUGUUGAUGGGUUGAACUGCAGAAGAUUUUUGAAUUGUCCAGAAGGCUUUCAGGUAGUGACUGAACUCUUAGCAUUCACCUAAACUGUUUUCUUUUAUUUUUUUUUGGAUCCUUGAGCUGUCACAGUAAUUGGAAACUCGCAUUUAAAGAGAUGAAAGCUGAGAAAAUAAAUAAAUAAAAAGACAUUUCAGCUGCGUGGCUCCAUGCCAAUCUAAAACUACUACACAGAACAGUCGGUCUUCUAUCUUUCUGCUCCGUUAUUCCCACCCAGAUGGCACUUCAUCAGAAAAUUGACUGAACAGGAGGCAUCCCGCAAAGCUGCUGAAGGACCAUCCCGUCAAAGCCGGCCAUCCACAAAUGUGCAUCUAGAUCAAGGAGGUCUUCACGAAAGAGCCCCAGUAAGGACAGACCUCAAUGGCAGGAGGACGUUAAUCUGGGGAUUGGAGUAAGAGCAUCAAUCAUUUUGCCCAGGGUCAUUUUCAAUAAUGGUGACAUGAAUGCUGUAAGAAGACCACUCAAAAUCCAAAACCAGAGCUAAUAAUUGAGUGCAAGGACUUCUCUGUGGCUUGGCUCGCUAAGGAGGUGGUCGUCUUGGCAGAGGACAGCACCCAAGUGUGUGUCCUGACUUGGAUUAUGAGCCACGUGAGACAAUCCACAAUAUAAACACAGAGCGCUCAAAUACUUGCUUGAUUCUCCCCUGUAUGGCGUUUGCAUGCCACCCUCACAAAGUGUGUUCAGGUUCACACAGGGAUUGCUGUUGAAAUUUCAGAAUGUAGCAAAAUACUGGUUAUGAUAUCUAAUAAAAGCAUAAUUAGACAGGAAAAGUCAUUUUUCCUAUCUCUAAAUGCCAUUAUAUUAACUUCCACUCUGGAGUGAUUGACAAUUCCUCUCACCGUCCAGCAUUCUUGGUCUGUUUUGCAUUUCUCCCAACCUCAUUUCUGUACUGACUGACAUGCUGCCACUAUUUGGAUUUUGUGUGUGCCACGUCUUUCAGAUUUAUGCUGCUUGCAGUUUUAUGACAACACCAGGCAAGCAAAGCAGUUGGGAACAGUGAGUGGAGAGAAGAACUCAAGCCCUAUUCACGCUUAACUUAGGAGUCCUCGUUACUUACAACAAUCUCAAAAAUGUAUCAAAAUGUAACCUCAAAGAAGAGGUGUGUAUCUAUCGUAUUGUGAGAAUUUAUGUAUUGUUGUACCGAUAAAAGUAAAACAAAUUUAAAUUGAAGAAUAAGUGCAAAGCUGCUUUUCAUCUCAGAUUCUAAAUGUAUACUGUAUGCUGACUGUACUAUUUUAAUUAAACUGUAAAACUACCUUCACUUCUUUAAAAUAAAAAGUCAAAUUAUAAACGUGAUUGAAGACAUGUGACAAGAGACCAUUAA